AUGCUCGCCCUCAUCCAGAACAGCAGUAGUCUGGUUUAUAUCUGGUACCAGAAUCUGCUUUAUGUUACUCUUGUGUUCAACUUGGAGGAGACCAAAGGGGGACCCAGUGAUGAUGAGGCUCUGUACUCAUCUCUCGCAAUGUUAACCAAAGACGGACACUUCACGUUGUGUGUUGGUGAUGACAUACGGACAUACAAGUCUUUGAAGAGUCAAAGCCCUCAGACCAAACCUCCUCUCUCAGAGAUUUGUCUCACCUGUUCUCACUCAGAGAUAUCCAGAGUGAACUGGAAAAACUUCUUCCAAACCUAUAAUGAGAUCAAAAGCUUCAGUGAAGAAUGCGGAGAGUUUGAUGACCGGUGUGAUGCCCUGCUGUCUUUCCUGGACUCUGUGCCUGGUCUGAAGGAGGUGGAUCUGAAAGUGAUCCGAGUGACUGAGAACUGGGCUACCAGGAUGCUCUCCCUCAUGCAGACCUGCCCCAGCUUACAACACAUUGGGGUUGUGACCGAUGCAGAGUUGCCGAAGAGAGACAGCGUUGAAGAGUGUCUCUGUGUGUCCCUGUCCAUGUCCAACAGAAAUGGAGACUUCACGCUGUCCAUCGAGGGGCGUGGCUGGAUCAGGAGCGUGUUUAUGGGCUUCAGCAGUGCGAAGAGCUUGAGUCCACAGACCAAAUCAUCUCUGUCGAGAAUCAGUCUCACCUGUCCACACUCACAGAUCUCCACCAUCAGGUGGACAGGUUUCCUCCGGACGUUUAAUAAAGUAAACGGCCUAACGGAGAGCUGUGAGAAGUUUGAUGAGCAGUUUAAUGCCCUGCUCUCUUUCCUGAACUCUGUGCCUGGUUUGAAGAAGGUGGAUCUGAAUGUGAACAUCUUGUCUAAGAGCUGGGCUACCAGGACCCUAGACCUCAUCCAGACCUGCCCCAGUCUACAGGACAUCAGGCUGGCUGCUGGUUUUGGAGGGAAGGGUUUGUUACUGGAGGAGGGAAUAAAGUUACUCCAGGAGUCCGAGAAAGGCCCGGACUGCACUCUGACCUUGGACGGGUGGAGAUGCACUAAACCCAGUGAUCAGUGCACUGGGGAGGAGGACUGGAACCUCUACUGCAACCAGAGAGUCAAGCUCCAGAUCUGUGGGCAGACCUGCACAGAGGAAUGCCUGACCUGAAUACAUCACAAUACACAAUACAUCAGAAAAACAGGAUGAAGAAGGGGACUGAUGACGAGGAAGACAGCACAGUAACGGACCGAGACGAGAAGGAGAACGCGUCUGAGGAUUCAUCUCUCCUCAAUACACGAGUUUAGCAUUCGUGUCUGACUUGAGCGACCAGUUAAGCUCAAACAUGUCCGGUUGUGCUCAGGUUGUGCA